CCUGUAUUAGCCAUGUCUGCAUCUCAUGCAUCCACUUCUGGCACUCUGAAUGCCAGGAAGCCAUUACCGACCUCUGAAGCUGAGCCUUGCAACAAUUUCCUGCACAUUGGCAAUGGCUGGAUCGCGCGUCCGUGCAUGCAUCUCUCAAUAUCGGACGGAAGCUGCCAACAAUGGUCUAUCUGCUGACCGGAUCAAGUAUUUUAAAGCCGGGCUGCAAUGGGAGAUGAGUACAUUUGUCACACCACUCCUGCAGUACUCCGCUUCACAGAAUAUCGUGUCGGUUCUUCCGGUUCCGGAUGACGUCUUUUCAUUCCACCUCCUUUCAUUUCAUGAUGAGCCAAUUGCAGGACAUCCGUCCCGGAUUGUGUUCGCAUAUACAUGUCCAUGGUGGAGGGGAAACAACUGGAUCCCUGAUCAACCAUGGCAGUGGGAUGAAAUAAUGGCUUCCUGCGUCUCUCACUACCAGUAUUGGGCGCUUAAUGUUGAGGAUGAUGCUUUGGUACUUCCAGAGAAGUUGAAAAACACUUCGACUCCACCACUCAUGGGACUGAGGUUCAUCAAAGAACGCAUGGAAGCAUUGCUGGAGGAGCAAGAUCAGGGCAUCAAAGACAAGAUGGCAGAGGUGAAGAUGUACACUGACAUGUUAGAGAAAUUGAGGAAAGGCAAAGGAGUGUAG